AUGAUUCUGCAGCAGGAGAGAGACAUCUGCUGCCCACAAAGUAUUCCUCCAACGUCUCCUGCAGCAAACUGUGUAAGAAUCCCGGGCUGCUCCACGCUGCAGACGGCGCUGCAGACGGCCCUGCAGACGGCCCUGCAGACGGCCCUGCAGACGGCGCUGCAGACGCCCCUGCAGACGGCCCUGCAGACGGCGCUGCAGACGGCCCUGCAGACGGCCCUGCAGACGGCGCUGCAGACGCCGCUGCAGACGGCCCUGCAGACGGCCCUGCAGACGGCGCUGCAGACGGCGCUGCAGACGCCGCUGCAGACGGCCCUGCAGACGGCCCUGCAGACGGCGCUGCAGACGCCGCUGCAGACGGCCCUGCAGACGCCGCUGCAGACGGCGCUGCAGACGCCGCUGCAGACGGCCCUGCAGACGGCCCUGCAGACGGCGCUGCAGACGGCCCUGCAGACGGCCCUGCAGACGGCGCUGCAGACGGCCCUGCAGACGGCGCUGCAGACGGCCCUGCAGACGGCCCUGCAGACGGCGCUGCAGACGCCGCUGCAGACGGCCCUGCAGACGGCCCUGCAGACGGCCCUGCAGACGCCCUGCAGACGGCCCUGCAGACGGCCCUGCAGACGGCCCUGCAGACGGCCCUGCAGACGGCGCUGCAGACGCCGCUGCAGACGCCGCUGCAGACGGCCCUGCAGACGGCCCUGCAGACGGCGCUGCCUGCAGACGGCCCUGCAGACGGCCCUGCAGACGGCGCUGCAGACGGCGCUGCAGACGGCGCUGCAGACGGCGCUGCAGACGGCCCUGCAGACGGCGGCGCUUUAA